AUGACUGAAAACAAUAUGCCCAAGACUGCCAAAAAAACCCGCUGGACCUCUCUUGAGGUCGGGCUCAUCGCCGUUGUCGCCUUGCUCUUCAUCAUCGUCGUGGCUCUCAUCAUUGUCUUUGCCACUCAACAGACUGGUGAGUAUGUAAUCUGUACUACAGCUGGCUGCACUCGAUCGGCGGCUCGCCUGAUUGAGAACAUGGAUGCCAGCAUAGAUCCUUGUGACAACUUCUACCAAUACGCCUGUGGGGGAUGGAUAAAGAAGAACAUAAUCCCUGAAACCAGCUCAAGAUACAGCACCUUUGUUGUCCUGCGAGAUGAAUUGACCGUCGUCCUCAAAGGUGUUCUUGAAAAAAAUUUGGACGAAGAAGGAGAAGCUCUCAGCAAGGCCAAAACCCUAUAUAAGUCCUGCUGCAAUGAGAGUGUAACUGAGCUAAAAGGGGGGGCUCCUUUGCUCAUGGCAUUGCCUGAUGUUCUUGAGUGGCCUAUUGCUGUGGACAAUUGGGAUGACAACUAUGGUAAAACAUGGCGGGCAGAGGAUGUCAUAGCCAAAUUGACUGUGAAAUACCAGAAUCCGCUCCUGGUCUCCAUGUACGUUGAUGUCGAUGAGCGGGACUCCAAAUCACACAUUAUUCAUUUUGAGCAGCAGCAAACCUUGGAUCUCUGGUCCAAAAGUAACUAUGCUUGCAAUGGAUCUUAUGAAGAGGCGUGCCGGCUAUACAAGCAGUUUGCAAUUGACCUUGUGAAGUUGAUCCGCACAGACCGAGGUCUGUCCUUCAAUGAGACGCAAGUCGAAGAGGAAAUGACACGGAUAAUGGAGCUAGAGAGGGGCAUUGCCGAGGCUAACGAUCCCCCAAGCGUCUCUAGUGAUAGAGAGUUGCGUUACAACAAGAUGGAACUUGGCGAUCUCAACACCAAUUUCACCUUCGAAGUUGAAUCAAUGCCGUUUAACUGGACUUACUUCACCGCCCAGAUAAUGAAUACAGUCAACAUAACUGUCACAGACACAGAGGAAGUCAUAAACUUGAACCCCAACUAUUUUAAAAAGCUUAACCAACUAUUGGCCAGAUUCACUAAGAGGGAUGUGCAGAACUACUUGAUGUGGGGUUUCGCCUCACAUGUGGUGGUGCACCUGAGCAGAGCAUACAGAGACACAGCCAAAGCAUUUAAAAAGGUGAUGAACGGCGCAACGGCAGACGAACCUCAGUGGCGUCAAUGUGUAGGGUUUGUCAGUAACGCCAUGUACAAUGCCGUUGGGCGAUUAUAUGUGCAGGAGGCGUUUUCCGACAACAGCAAAAAGAUGAUGGAAGAGAUGAUUAAAGAGAUGCGAGAUGUCUUUAUCAGUAACCUUAAGGAACUGACCUGGAUGGAUGCAGCCACCAAAAAGGCAGCGGAGGAAAAGGUUCGAGCUAUUCGGGAACAAAUCGGCUACUCUGACGACAUCAUGGAUGACCAAUACCUCAACAACGAGUACAAAGACCUGAACUAUAGCGCAGAGGACUAUUUUGAAAACAUCGUACACACAGCAGCCUACAAUACCAAGAGAAUGUUGCAGAAACUCAGAGUGGAAGUCAACAAAGAUGAGUGGGUGUCAGGGGCAGCAAUCAUUAACGCCUUCUACUCAUCAAAAAACAUCAUAAUAUUCCCCGCUGGUAUCCUGCAGCCGCCGUUCUUCAGUAAAGGACAGCCAGCAUCUCUUAACUACGGAGGAAUCGGUAUGGUCAUUGGCCACGAAGUUAUGCAUGGAUUUGACAACAUCGGUCGUAAAUACGAUAAAAACGGCGACCUGAAGGACUGGUGGACGGAGGACUCCGCUCAAAGGUUCUUGGAAUUGUCAGCGUGCAUCGUCGAUCAGUAUGCCAACUUCUCUUGGGACCUGGCCAACGGACUUCAUCUAAAAGGUAAUAACACCCUCGGGGAGAAUAUUGCUGACAAUGGAGGAAUACGGCACGCCUAUCAGGCCUACAAGAACUAUGUAAAGAAACAUGGUGAGGAGGCACAGCUGCCAGGACUUGACCUUAACCACGAUCAACUUUUCUUUCUCAACUUUGCUCAGAUUUGGUGUGGAUCUUAUCGAUCGGAAGAUGCUUUGAGUUCCAUCCAGUCGGAUCGGCACAGUCCAGGAGAGUUCAGGGUGCUGGGCUCCCUGCAGAACUUUCCCGAGUUUGCCAAAGUCUACAGCUGCAACAGCAGCAGCUACAUGGUCUCAGAUAAGGUGUGCCGCAUAUGGUGA